UCGGAGGUCACAAACACACGCCCACACUUCCUGUCCGCGUGCUGGACCGAGGCGUCGUUGUUUUAAUGUUGUUCCGAAGUAAACACGGCUCUAUCUGUGUAUUUUUGUGUGACUAUGUGGGAUAUGUCGGCACACAUCCAGUUUUCUUCUCGUCUCUGAAACAGUGAGAUAGAUGUCAGCCGACAGAACCGAUCCUUAGACGGAACUCUGCUCUUGGAUACUGAGCUCGUUAGCUUGUUAUGCUAGCCGGCUAACAGUGCUGCUUGUGCAGGAUGAAGACUUCUAAUGGGAACACCAGCAUUAUGGACAUGUUUGAAAAGGGAAGGGUCCUGAAAAUAUGUGCGCCAAUGGUUCGAUAUUCAAAGCUUGCCUUUAGGUCCUUGGUGAGGAAAUACAGCUGUGAUAUCUGCUUCACACCAAUGAUAGUUGCCUCUGACUUCAUGCGAUCUGUCAAAGCCAGAGACAGUGAAUUCACUACCAAUGAGCAUGACCGGCCCCUGAUAGUGCAGUUUGCUGCCCAUGAUGCCCAGACUCUGGCUGAUGCAGCCUGUGUGGUGGCACCUUUCUCAGAUGGAGUUGACCUCAACUGUGGCUGUCCCCAAAGGUGGGCAAUGUCAGCUGGGUAUGGUGCAUGCCUCAUCAACAAGCCUGAACUUGUGAAAGACAUGGUCAGACAAGUCAGAAACCAAGUGGACAAUCCAAACUACACAGCAUCCAUUAAGAUAAGAAUUCACAAGGACCUGAGGCGCACAGUGGAUCUGUGCCAGAAGGCUGAAGCAGCCGGCGUGUCGUGGAUAACAGUACAUGGCCGUACCGCAGAAGAACGUCACCAGCCGGUCCAUUUUGACGCCAUAAAGACAAUCAAAGACAGCGUGUCUGUGCCCGUCAUUGCCAAUGGGGACAUAAAGUACCUCCGUGAUGUUGAGUCCACUCACCAGCUUACCGGGGUGGAUGGUAGGUUUAUGACGCUGCAAUGGACUGCUGUGGCCCUCUUUCUCUAUGUGGAGAUUGGCAUCCUUGUCCUCCUCUGUAUACCCUUCAUCUCAGCCAGGAGAUGGCAGAGUAUUUUCCACCUGAGGAUCUGGGGCAGUCUGGCUCAGUUCUGGAACAAAGUGUUUCUCACAAUGAUCAUAAUCCUUAUUGUUCUCUUCCUUGAUGCCGUGCGUGAGGUGAGGAAAUAUUCAGGUAAAGAAGUUGGCACGGAUGCAAAGCUGCAACCAAACAUGUUUGAUCACCUGCACAUGAAGCUUUUCAGGGCCCAGAGGAACCUCUACAUCUCUGGCUUCGCUGUCUUCCUCUGGCUGGUUAUGAAGCGAGUGGUCACAUUGAUUAACCAACUGGCAACAGUGUCAAGUACUACAGCUGCUCUUCAGGCACAAGCUGACAGCGCAAACAAGACUGCCAAGAAAUACAUCGAGGACAAUGAGCUGCUGAAACAGACUCUGAUGGACGGUAAGGGUGACAAGGCUACAGCGGAGGGCAUGGAGCUGUUGAGGAAGGAUAUGGAGAAACUAAAAGAAGAACUGAGGACCUCAAAAGAUGCCCUGAAGAGCUCCAUGUCAGAAGCAGAUGUGAUGAAGAAGCAGAUGGACGGUCUUGCCAGGGAGUAUGACCGACUGUUGAAAGAACAUCAGGAGCUUCAGAAUCUUCAAGAAAGUGGAAGCAAAAAGGAAGACUAGUGAUCAUAAAAUCCCUGAAGGUUGAAGUCUUUACACAGCAAUCACGAGUGAAAGCCACUGCAACACAUGCUUUACCAUCAUAUGCAGCACCUUGUGUCACAAAA